GUUCAUAAGCAUGCCCGAGGUUUCACCAGUUCCGUCUUUCUCUGGGCUGCCCUAGCCGCACGGUACAACUCUCUGUCUGAUGCUCAUAUCUUCCAACUUCGAGACCGCCUACAUACACUUCGGAAGGGUUCUAAAACGAUGACUCAAUAUUUGGAUGAAGUGGCGUCCAUUGUGUCUGAUCUUGAUGCUGUUAAUGAAAUCAUUCCUGAACGGGACGUCAUCAACGCUGUUGUACGUGGUCUCCCUGCUGAUUAUUCAUCCUUCAAACAACACGUUCGCAAGAAUGAGGCCUCCCUCACUCUUGCUCAGCUCUCUGGUUGGCUUACCGCGGAGGAACUAAAUCUGGAAUUCGAACAAAAGCUAACCAUGGCCGAGUCUAGCACCGGUGGUACCCACACGGCUCUCUAUAUGGCCAGUGGCAGCCGAGGCCAACAGGACGAGCGCCGCAGUGGUAGUCGCGGCCGUACACAGCAAUCCGGUCGUGGUGGCGGCUCGGUGCAGCAGCAUUCUCAGCCACAUCAUGGGCGCGGAGGUGACAGGUCCUCUCGUGGAGGCCCGUACCGUGGUGGAGGCGGACGUGGGUCUCAGGGUUGUGAACUCCCCGUUUGUCAGAUUUGUGCUAAACGGGGCCAUGCCGCCGCCUCAUGCUGGUAUCGCUAUGAUGAGUCUACUACUGAGAGUUCUUCAUCUAGUGGGUCUCGUGCGAUGCAUGCGACCACGAGCACCCAAAACGGUAAUUGGUACCUUGACACGGGUGCCAACACUCACGUCACCUCUGAUUUCUCCAGCUCCGAUCAGCUCAUCACCGCCGUUGGUGGUCCCAAAGUGGUGAAAUACAAAGUCUAGAGGGGGGGGGGUGAAUAGACUUUGUUACAGAUUUAAAAUCUUUUUCGUUUCUUUUGAAAAUGUGAAAAUGAGUGUUAAUCUAGAGUCCUUGUGAACUUUAGAUUUUGUGUGCGGAAUUUUGGUGGGUAGAGUGAGCAGUAAUGAAUAUGGAUAGGUUGG